AUGUAUAUUUCAUAAUGCAAUAAACUUCUACAAUGCUUCUGCAGUCUUUCGAUCAGUAUUAUAUAUAGGAUACGCAUUUAUAAACAUCAUCUGACGUUCUAUCGCAUUAAAAUAAGCACAUUCAAGUCACACGCAUCUUAUCUCCAAAUACUCUAGUGCAUUAUAAUCUAAAUCAUAUAUGUUUGACAGUGUUUGUUAUCCGUAAGCGUUUGUCAGACGAUAAUGAUAGAAUUGAUAAAUAUAUAGAUAACGCGUAUUACCAGCAUAUUACGAUAAUAUCAAUUAUUAUGAUAAUAUCAAUAUUAAUCACUGAGAAUAUAAAAUGUUAUGAUUUCAUAAUUUUGAAUUGCGAAUUUAUUCAUACGGGCGUCGAGUGUCGAUGUGGGGGCGGCUUAAUUGCGGGCGAAUCGGCGAAUCAACGUCGCCGUUCGGCGCGGCAGCGAGAGAGAGCGGCGUGUGUGGAGUGUUUCGAAGGUUCUUCUACAGUCCAUGGUCGUGCAUGCGGUGUUUGUGUAGCAGGUUACGCUGCGCUCUCCGCGAAAUGAUGUUUGUUGCUAAAUAUCGGCCACGCCGGAACGAGCAGUGAGCCGUCGAGGUGUUCAUCACCGUGGCCUCCCUUCGCGUCAAAGACUAGGUACGAACGCGAAGGCACCUGUGACCGUCCGUCCGUCUGUUCGUACGCGUUCACGCACUCGCUCACGUACGCACGCACGCAUGCACGUACGCACGCACGCCGAGGACAUCGUCACGCGCCGGACCCAAAUCUCGACAGGAGCGAGCGAGCACGACGAGUGAGGUUAGGACGUGUUAGGGUCGAGCCGAGAGUCGACGUGCGUGCAGCCGAUGCCUAUUCCUCGAUCCAGCGAAGAAUAUGAACAAUUAUUACUACAUCAGAUAUGAUAUUAAGUGGCAUCAGUAAUCAGAAGUUACAAUGAUUGGUACAGCCUGUACUUUGGAAGAUGCGUGUCGGCAGGCUCAGGAUAUGAUUAAUCUAGUAUCCAGAUAUUGGAAAAAUCCCCAAGGUCAUUCAUUGGCCUUAACAUCGGAUAAAUCAUUAUCCUCUCAGAAAAAAGAGCAAAGCCAUUCCAGGCAUAGUAUCCAAUCCAAACUCACUAGACUUUAUUUUGAAGAACUUUCUACAGUUCCUCAUGCAACCCCAGAUUCAGUUUUGCACAAUCUUGAGAAUGAAUGCGAUCUUUUGGGACUAUUAGUGAAAAGGGAAGGUUUAAAUACUUUAAUUGUUAAUCUCUAUGCUGGUAAUAAAGGAUACUCAUUAGCUGUAAGAAAUAGCGAUAAAGGAAAUCAGUACGAUAAAAAUUCAUUAUCUGAGACUCAACUCAUGGGUUAUGAACAGGGUGAGCUACUUUCGUGCAUAGAUAAUGGCCAAUUGCCAGCUAUGCUAGCCGAACAAUUAGAAUCCAAUUAUUCACAUUUAUUUUACGAUGGCUGUAUAAUUGCUGAAGUUCGAGAUUAUCGAAGAUCAUUUUUAAACAACAAACCCGAAGUUCACCAUGUACUUCUUAAACCUACUACACAGAGUGUACUUUCGGAUGUGUCAACACUUACGAGUGACGGAGAUUGGAGUCAUGAAGAGCGGUUAAUAUUGGAAUCACAUUUAGUGGCAGCUACUCAAGGUCCUCUAUGUCUGGAUCCCAAUCCUAUUCCCACAUUAGCUAAUACAAGAAUUAAGCAGUCUAAAUCAUUACUUACUGAUCAUCAACUCAUGCGACAAGCAAAAAAAUUCUCUCAGGUCACAGUAAAUCGAAAAAGAAAAUUGGAACAGUUGGCCCAGUCAGAAGGACAAACGAUACAUGACUUAAUGCAGAAAUUCCGAAAAGAAAAUACGAAAAGAAGAGUAUUAACGACCAAUACUGCCUGUCCACCGCCUUCUCUUACAAACCCUCCUCUGCAUCCACCGUCUACAGCAAUCGAUGUUUUAAGAUUCGCGAAAGCAUACGAGCGGCCACGAGAAACAAAAGACUGUUCGCUACAAGUUAUAGAAGAAUAUAUAUUAGAACCUGCAGAAAGUCGGGAUUAUAUAAAGCUCUCGAUCCUGCAGAGGCCCGCUACUUCCGAGUACCUGGGAGAACUUUAUAUGGAUAAGAAUCAUCGUGAUGGAGAGAGAAAUGGCUCAUCUUGCCGUUUUACAUUGGGUACCAGAGCUGUGGCAAAUCAUUAUUAUCAACAAUUUAAAGAAAUAUUUACGGAAGAGGGUAGAAAACCUGUAAGCAUAAAACACAUUAUACCAGGGCAAGCUCCUCGUAUUGCAUGUACAUCUGGUAUGCAACGAGCACAUCAACAGGCACAGCAAGCAAAAGCAGCGCAAUUAGCAGUUCAACAGUUACAGCAGGCUCAGUCUCAACAAGUAGCACAACAGAUUUUAUCAAGAGCUCAAGGGCAACUAACUAAUUUGGCUAGUCAGGUAGCCUCGAUGAAGGCUAUGACAGAAGCCACUACCUCUGCACAAAAUAAUCUCGCGUGUGUGGACUCAGCAAAUAUACCGCAAGUUAUCCCGCAGAAUGAUGUUACUGCAUUGAGCUCAGGGCAAUCUUUGGCUAAUGGUGGUCCUAACGCGUCAACGUCUGUGCAAAUUGAUAACUCCGCGAUGGCGGUAGCAGACAACACUUGUAAUGGUUCUGGUAUUUUGGUCUUUCAAAAGUCGGCUGGUACUAUUAAUAACACGGCACCUACUAAUGUUCCAGUCUUGCAAGCACAAUUGCAAGCAGGAACGCAGAAUUGCAUAGGUGAAACUGCUACCCAGAACCAAAAUGAGCCGCCAUUCAAGAAACAUUCAAAUAAUCCAGCAAUAAACGCUCUUGUUACUUCCCUCAUGAACUCUGCACAGCAAUUCCAGCAACAAGCUGCAGCUAAUGCUGCAGCUAUGAACGCCGCAGCUAUGAAUAAUAAUGCACAAGCCACAAACAAGUCUAACAAUGCUGCGAUCCUUAGUUUAUUAAAUAGCACCCCUGCCAAUAUAGCUCAGCGAAAAGUUGGCCAACCCCAAAGGAUCUCUCUUAAUGCUUCCAUCCCACCUAGAGUUAUCAGUCAUGGUAAUGUGAUCAAUGUGCCCAACACUACUGGUCAGGUACGUGUGAGCCUAAGUUCUUCGGCUUUAGCGGGACAGCUAAGUUGCAAACAACAACCAGUAAAAGCGACUACUGUAAGACUUGCGCGAGUUCAAGAUCCUACGUCUACCCUUGGGUUAUCAAUGCCUGGACUUUCGGCUUUACUUGCUGGCACACCGUCGGCUGAUAAUCCGAUACCCGGAAUGAAUUCAACUUCAUCGCUGCUCGAAAGGCUUACCGCUUCUUCCAGUCAGAGUAGCCAACCAGCGAGUCCAAUGACCAGCCCAUCACAAACCAACGUAAAUCUACAAGGCGUGAACCUCACCAGUUUGCCAAGCUCCAUAAAUGGUUUACAAAAUGUUCAGGUAUCAUUCCCAGGCUUGUCACAACCUAUCACGAUGUCAUUGAACGUAUCUCCAACCACUGGUGGCACUGUCACACCUACUGGGGUUAUCGUCUCACUCCCUAUAUCUUCCGCCACGAAUACCUGCACGACAGUAUCAAGUAUGGUAGCUGCGACUGUCGUUACAACAGCUAUCGCUGGAAGUACACCAACGGUAGUAAUCGCCAAUCCUGCCAAUGCUCACUUAUCUUUGCCAAUCGCCCAAAUAAUACCAUCUGGAGUAAAAGGAUUGUCACAACAAAAUAUUAGGAGUAAUAAUGCAGUAGCUCUUGCACAGGGAGGGCAGGCAAUCCAACUUAUUGGAUCUCAAAGACCGCGAUUUAAUCAUAUGACUCGUCAAGUACAAUCGAAUCAAGUUAAAUCGACUGUCUUAUCGAAUCAGUUGGUAACAGUUGCCAAAACAGUAACAGCAAGUCAGUUGAUAUUGUCUGGUAACAAACAAGUAUUAACUCCAAUAGUGGCCGCGACGAAACCUGUGCUUAUGGCGUCGCAAACGACGCCUUCUUCCCAAGUAGUACCUGUUAAUAAACAAACUCUAUUGACAAAAUCCUUGCAUGCUAGGGCUUCUACCGGCCAAUGCAGUCAGCAGACACAAAGUCUCGGAGUGGCUACUUUAUCUCAACAACAACUUCAACAAUUACAACAGUGUCUAGCUGCACAGCAUAAAGUUGCUGUCGCAGCAGGAAGUUCUCAAAGUAGAACGCAAAUUGAAGCUCAGAGAAAUUCUACGUCUGCCCCGGGGGAAGACCCCGCCUGAAUAUGUUCAAAUAAAUGAUAAUGAUCAUGUUACGUCAAAAUAAUUGAAGCCUGCCUGGAAGAAAUGUAAUGAGGCAUUUGUGGUAUAUUAUUAUGAUUAUGAAUAUGAGAAUUUAAUUUUUUGCUUGUGGAAAUCGUAUUAUAAAUUGUGUUUUUCUUUUGAAUCGUCUACUUAAUUACGAAGUUUUAUUCUGGCUAAAUGAUUCGUAUUUACCGAUUGAAAAUAUACAAGAUAUAUGAGAAAAUAUACAGGAUAUUUUACCAGAUCAGUAUUACGUAACUUAUGACCAUGUGCAAUAAGUGCGUCUGUCUCAAAUAUCCGCCUUAAAAUGUUACUUUAGGGAAGGUUUCAAUUAUUGUACAUAUAACAUAUAUAUGUAUAUAUACAUAUAUAUAUAUAUAUAUACGAUAUGAUUUGUUUUAUAUUAAAAACAUAAUAAAUAUUCCAGUUUUUAUUGAUCUUUACCCCUUUUUGUAGCACCAUAUUUUGCAAUUAAUCCUUAUGUUUUUAAUCUAUUUUACGAAAACUGAUAAAAAUAAUAUUGAAUCAUUGUACUUUAUUUUAUUUAAUUAUAUAAACGUCAGGUAAAUAUAUACAUAUAUUUUUUUUUGUUUCACAUAUUAAAAUUUACUUUCAUUACUUUCUCAUAUAUUUCCAAACUAUUCAAUCGAGCUAUGGUUAACAUUUAUUUGUACAUUUUAAUAUGUACAAUUUUUACUUGUAUUUAUUUUAUUCAUCAUAAAAACGUACAUAUUUCAUAUACAUAUAAACUACAAAAUAUUUUUUUGGUAUUUUUAACAUACAAAUUAUCUAGCACAAAACUAAUUAACUAAAUAUAAAUAAACCUGUUUAUUCAACGUAGUGCUAUCGUACAAUGGUCAUCGAUUAUUUGUAUUCAUGUAUAAAUAACCAAAAUUGCGAAAAAAAUUAGCAUUUAAAAAAUACCAAUAAAUAUUUUGUUAAUACUUCUUAAACAUAUCAUUAAAAGUUUGUUUAUAUAAAUGAUUCUCAUGUGCUUUCUUUACAAGU